CAGGCUCCUCCAAUAGAGUGGCACUGACUGUCCAAUACUGCACUGCAUUAUACAUCAGAAGCUGAGGAGCUGUAUCAGAAACGUAUUUUAACAAUAACAGGAAUCUGCAUUGCACUCCUAGUCGUUGGAAUCAUGUGUGUGGUUGCCUACUGCAAAACAAAGAAGCACAGGAAGAAGCUUCAUGACCGUCUGAGGCAGAACCUGAGAAACAAGAGGGACAACCUGGCAAGCUCAGCCAGAGGACGUCAGAUUUCUAACUUGCCUCUUCAAGAUUUGCAGCUUAUCAAUCACUGUAAUGGGAUGACAAUGCAGCAUGCAGCUGAGAAGGAGACAGAAAUAACCCUCUCCACAAGCAAAAAUGCCAUAUCUACGCAUGAACCCACCACACUCACCCACAUCUCUGGCCAAAGCUGGAGUAAUGACUGGAGCAACAAUGUUCUGUCUGACACUGAGUCUGUCUCGAUGAUGUCAUUGGCGGAGAAUAGCCAGGGUGCCAUACAGGGCCGCAGGGUUCGUCUGAAUGCCACUGGUGGCACCAGAGACUUAAGCGCUCAUUCACAGAAGUGCAGAGACACAACCAUCUCCGACAGGGACUUCAGCAGCAGGAGAGAGAGUCAGUCCCAGUUGAUCACACUGCUACAGCAGCAGGAGGUGGAGAAGCAUGUUUCCCAGUCCAGUGCCUGGAGCAAGCUAAGAGGCAGGGGCUGGGGGCAGGCAGCAGUUCCCAGACUGGAAGAGGGUGAUGAUAUUGAGCACUACCUGACCACAUUCAAGCACCUGGCGGAGGCAUAUCAGUGGCCAGAGAUCGAAUGGGCAUUGAGACUGAUUCCACAUCUGACGGGGAAGGGGCGAGCAGCAAAGGACACAUUUGACUACAAGAAGGUCAAAGAGGCCAUCCUUGCCAAAUAUAAAAUCAAUGAGGAACUCUAUAAGCAGAAGUUCAGGGAGCCUGACAUUCGCCCUAAUAAGAAUCCGACAGAGUUCAACUGGAGAAGAAGACCAAGGCCGGUUCAAGGCUCCUCAGAAGCCCUUCACUGCAUGGGUCACAGAUCCAGGGAGUGGAGGAGGAGGGAGCUGGUGGCAACCAGGCAGGACUGUUCAGGGUCCAGAGGAACUAGUUCCCCAGCUCCCAGCGCAGGACGAUCCAGAGAGUCAGGGUCCAGACCAGGAUUCAGGUAUAUAUCUGCUGUGACAACUCCAACUCGGCUGUCUCCAGUGUCCCACACCUCACCUGUAACUCCAGGGUCUCCUCCAUCAGAGAUGUCAGCCCCCCUGUCCAGUCUGGCCAUCUCUGUCCCGUCAGUGGCCCUAAGCCCCUAUGGUGAGGAGGAGCGCCCACUGCUGUUGUCAAACAAAUGUCAGCCAUACAAGUCCUUGAGCCGAGAUGAACAGAAGAGGACCUCUGUGCACUACAACCAUGGCCAUGUGGCACAUAGCUUACCACCUAGCCCACUGUCAACCAUGGAGAAUAACUACCAAAUCACAGUCAUCACAGCUGCCAUCCAUAUGGUCUCAGCAUCGCCUGAGAAGCUAAUGAAUACAAAUACUACUAUCAACAACUACAGCACCAAAAGAGGAGGCAUCACCAAUGGCCAUGUGUUGCAUAAUGUGGAGUCCAGUGGUGACAGCAUACUAGAGAGUCAAACAGAGGAGCCCCAGGGGGAACACACACCCUUCCUUACUACAGAUAGCACUACAGCCCUGUUGCUUAGGGCUAUGGACAGCAGCAGGACUAACCCAGCAUCACCAAAUGAUGACCUGCAAGUCAAGUCAUCCAGUGCCACCAUCAAACAAGAUCCAGUAGCUGUGUAAAGUGAAAAGAAACAGCUGAGAAUCCUUUAUGUUUAGGAAAAAAAGGAAUAGUCACUAUUAAACCUUUAUUUUCUAUAAAUUAUUUGUUGUGUAAAGAAUUUUGAAGAUAAAUGACAAACAAAACUUUUAUUUUAGUGAAGUAGCGAAUAAAGAGUUUUAUAAAUAAAAAAAAUGUACAAAUGUGUUCAUGUCUUGUAGGUAAAGUGCCAUACACUAGUAUGUAGCAAUGGUUCAGUAUAUUUCAGCGCAGAAAAAAUAUCAAUGGUGCCUUUCUGUUUGGUAUGCUUAAGGGAGCUGCAGCAUUGCAUACUGGGCCAUAUAUCCACCAUCUUAAUCUUCUGGUUAACAAUCAAAAAUAACUUGCUGGCUGCCUUUAAUAUUCUGUAGUAUGAAGUGCCCACUGACAUGACAGUUUGAUAAUAAAUCUUAUGCAUUCGAGGUGCAUGCUACAUCCUUAAAUGCUGUGAUGGAUUAAUAAGCAGUGUAUGUGGUUUCCUCUCCAGCCAUUUGACCUGACUGGUCAAUUAUCUGAUGUCUUUGUACUCAUUACGGGCUUUCUCACUGAGACUUUUGUUUGGAAAUACAAUACUGAAAAAUAC